AUGUCUGUCAGUUUUGUAAAAGUCAAGAGAAUUAGAUUUUUGAUGUUCUUCGUUCUUGUUUGCAGUUUGGACUUCCAUGGAACAACAACAGAAAAUGAAGGUGAAGCUGUCAUUUCGGCAGGUGUGGAAAAACACUGGAAGCAGUUCCUUCUAGAAGAAGCAAAAAGAGGAGAGACAGGAAGUAAUAAUCCCAGUUAUGUCCCUUCUCCAGGGCAGAGGGGUGGACUUCUGGACCUCGAAGAUUUCAAUGUACGCACCCUGUAUGAUAAGCUGGAAGAUCAAAACCUUCAUCUGGCUACACAGCUGGCCAAGCAUCACACUGACACCCAGGCUUUCUAUGACAGCAUCACCCAGCAUCUGGAGGGGCUCAAGGACCUGCUCCAGAGUUUUGAUCCCACCAAACAGACUGAGCUGAGACACUGGGUUUUACUGGCCAGGAACGCUUCCCAGGAGGACUCUGGAUCAUUGAGUGGACAGUCUAAAGGACUUGAUGACCUGCAGCAGCUCAAACCUGCAGGAGACUCGCUUGCCCACUUGCUGGAUACACUCCUCAUAAAUGUGGCAGGACUUUACACCAGGAUGAGCUCUGAAGUCAGUGCCAUCACUCCAGAGAUUCCCCGGAUGGGUCAGAGGAACUCCAGUAGAUCAGCCCACUCCUGGGUAGGCACCACCAGUCUGGCCAGCCAGCUCUGCCAAUAG